UCGUUCGGUUCGGUCAUGCUACGUGGCUGUGCGCGAAAGUCUGUGUCGUCCGUAAACGCAUACUGCCGUGAAUACCUUACAAGGAUUAAUCUUGAGGAAAAUUCACCAAUUUAUCACCCUCAAACAAGUCAUUCUGAGUGGAUUUAGAGAUGUUUCCAUUCGGGGUGGGAGUGCAAGUGAUUUGAUUGAUUUACCUUCCACAAAUGUGAAUGAGAAAAAAAGAAUCCCCUUUAACCACUGUUCGUUCAAGCUACUCUAUACCUACCAAGAAAAAAAAACAUUUUGUGUAUGUGCUUCUAAAGUUCUCAAGUUGUGGGAGGGUUGAAAGAAAACCAAUAACAAAAAAACAGGGGUAAAAUAGAAGAAAAGUAAAAGGGAAAAGAAGAAAAAAAAUUUAAUACCCAAAUUCUGAUGGAUUUCCCACCAUCGAACUGCGAUUGAUGAGAUCUAUGGUGUGGCAAGGCAGUUGAGGCUGGAAGAAAAAUGUGUGACACGACAAGGAUUUCCUCGUUGCAACGAGGAAAUUUGUGAAAUUCCCACCAACCCAGAGAAAUACAACACACAGCGAGGAAGAAGGGAUUAAUAAAUCAUUUUGGGGGAAGACGGCAUUUUUGUCUGAACCACACAACGUAAAAAUGACUCUCACCGCAAGAGCAUCAAUCUCACUAAUCAUUGUGGCUAUAGCCGCAAUGGGUAGUGGAUUAGCACAGAUAUCUACGGAAAAAAUACCCCUUGGUGCAAUUUUCGAACAGGGAACGGACGAAGUGCAGAGUGCUUUCAAAUUUGCAGUCCUCAACCACAAUUUGAACAUUUCAGCCCGGAGAUUUGAGCUGCAAGCUUAUGUGGAUGUUAUAAAUACAGCGGAUGCAUUUAAACUUUCCCGCCUCAUCUGCAAUCAAUUCUCAAGGGGUGUCUUCUCAAUGCUCGGUGCCGUGUCACCGGAUUCCUUCGACACACUGCACUCCUACUGCAAUACAUUCCAGAUGCCAUUCAUCACACCAUGGUUCCCGGAAAAGGUGCAGAGUCCAUCAUCGGGCUUCCUGGAUUUUGCCAUCAGCAUGCGCCCCAAUUACCAUGAAGCCAUAAUCGACACAAUCCGCUUCUAUGGAUGGAAAAAAAUUAUCUACGUGUACGAUUCGCACGAUGGACUUUUACGACUCCAACAAAUAUACCAAGGCCUCCAGCCGGGCAAUCAAACAUUUCAAGUGGAAACUGUAAAACGCAUAUCGAACGCCUCGGAAGCGAUAGAAUUCCUGCGAGUGCUGGAGAACGUGGACCGCUGGUCCAGGAAGUACAUCGUGCUCGAUUGCUCAACUGAUAUGGCUAAGGAGAUUAUCGUGAAUCACGUUAGAGACAUUUCUCUUGGCCGUAGAACUUAUCACUACUUGCUGAGUGGUCUUAUCAUGGAUGAUAGAUGGGAGACCGAAGUGAUAGAAUAUGGUGCCAUCAACAUAACUGGCUUCCGAAUUGUGGACACGACGAGGCGCUAUGUGAGGGACUUCCUCGAGGGAUGGAAGAAACUCGACCCAGCCACGUCUCAAGGGGCAGGCAAAGAAUCAAUAUCGGCACAAGCUGCACUCAUGUACGAUGCUGUGUUCGUUCUCGUGGAAGCUUUCAAUAAGCUCCUGCAGAAAAAACCUGACCAAUUCCGCAGCUACACCACAAGACGUAGUCAACCGUUUAACACCUCCUCCUAUUCCACCGCCAUGGCAGCUGGUGGCUCAGUUGGUGCCACAAACAAUAGGGGUUUGGAUUGCAACACAGCCAAAGGUUGGGUCACCCCGUGGGAGCAUGGUGAUAAAAUUUCUCGAUAUCUCAGAAAGGUGGAAAUUGAAGGUUUAACUGGACAAAUUCGCUUUGCAUCCGAUGGGCUGGCAUCGAGGAAGAACUAUACGUUGCAUGUGGUGGAGAUGACGGUGAAUAGUGCAAUGGUUAAGGUGGCUGAAUGGUCUGAUGUAUUGAGAUUCACACCCAUUGCGGCAAAGUACAUCCGCCUUCGACCACAUACAGACAUUGAGCACAACAGGACGUACAUUGUGACCACAAUUGUGGAGGAACCAUAUAUAAUGGAGAGAACAGCUGAACCUGGACAGGUGCUUGAAGGGAAUGAUCGUUUUGAGGGCUACUGCAAGGAUCUGGCGGAUAUUGUGGCGAAGAAGUUGGGUAUUCGCUAUGAGCUGCGUGUGGUGAAGGAUGGGAACUACGGGGCGGAGAAUCCCGAAGUUCCUGGUGGUUGGGACGGUAUGGUGGGUGAGUUGGUGCGACGAGAAGCUGACGUGGCAAUAGCAUCCAUGACGAUAACGUCGGAGCGGGAGAGAGUCAUUGAUUUCAGCAAACCAUUCAUGACGCUCGGAAUUUCCAUCAUGAUAAAGAAGCCCAUGAAGCAGAAACCUGGAGUGUUCAGCUUCCUCGAUCCACUAUCCAAGGAGAUUUGGGUUUGCGUGCUACUCAGCUAUUUCGGUGUGAGCAUUGUACUCUUUAUUGUGUCCAGAUUCUCUCCGUAUGAAUGGCGAUUAUUCAGUUCUACAGGAGAGGAAUCCCACCACCUUGAACAAAUUUCCGGGGGCCAAACGUCGCACACGGUCGUAAAUGAAUUUAGUAUUCUCAAUUCAUUCUGGUUCGCCUUGGGAGCUUUCAUGCAGCAAGGAUGUGACAUAUCUCCGCGCUCCAUAUCUGGUCGCAUUGUUGGAUCCGUGUGGUGGUUCUUUACUCUCAUUUUAAUAUCAUCCUACACUGCUAAUUUGGCGGCGUUCCUUACGCUCGAAAGGAUGGCGUCGCCCAUUAAUUCGCCCGAAGAUUUAGCUUCGCAAACUGACAUACAAUAUGGUACGGUCUACCAUGGUGCCACGUGGGAUUUCUUCAGGAGAUCCCAAAUAACUCUCUACACAAAAAUGUGGGAGUACAUGAACUCCCGGAAGCAGGUCUUCGUGCGCUCAUACGACGAGGGUGUACGACGUGUGAGAACAUCCAAAGGGAAAUACGCCCUUCUAAUUGAAUCACCCAAGAAUGAUUAUAUUAAUGAACGAGAACCGUGCGACACAAUGAAGGUUGGCCGUAAUCUCGAUGCCAAAGGCUUUGGUAUUGCUACACCACUCGGAUCCCCAUUGAGGGACCCCAUAAACUUGGCCGUGCUGUCGCUGAAGGAAACCGGCGAAUUGACCAAGUUGAUGAAUAAAUGGUGGUACGAUCGAACAGAGUGUCGACACGAUAAAUUCGAUACGACCCGCAAUGAGUUAUCACUCAGCAAUGUUGCUGGCAUCUUCUACAUACUAAUUGGGGGUCUCUUGCUGGCACUGGUUGUAGCUCUCGUUGAGUUUUGCUUCAAGAGUCGCUCGGCAAACAAUCAAAUGGAUGCAGUGAAAACAAAGCCCAAAUUAACAAUUCAAAUGACCGGCCGAGAGUAUGACAAUGGGCGUGUUGGGUACUACACACCAUCGAGUCAAAUGCCAGGGCAUGUUGAACCACCGGACCAGAUGCAUGGGAACCCCCACGUACAGGUUUGACGGGAACUUGCGCAGGAGUCUCGACUAUGACGACCACCCUGCGCCCCGUCAAUACGCCGGAUAUUGGCCAACAGCCGUCAAGAAACGGAGAAAAUGCUAGGCCAUGACACCCUCAAUCGACACCCUGUCGGGUCAUCGUCAUCUCCCUACCUCGAGACCUGAGCAAUGGGGACCCAAACUGACGCAUCGUCAGCGGGUGAAGGUGGGCCCAACGCCCACAUUUCUAAAUCAAAUCCACUACUGAAAGUUCGUGCCGUGAACUCACUGUGUAGCUAUCACUCGUGAGAGCCAUACCUAUAUAACUUUUAGACAGAGAGAACGAGAAAAUGAGAAAAGAAGAAAAUCACAAUAAUUUAUAGCCACAAAAA